AUGAUAGGCUGCUCAUAUAUUUAAAACCAAACUUUUAAUAGUUAUUAAAUCGUGUUUGUCCUUAACAUUCCAGUUCGUUUGUAUAUUACCAAUGUACUUGACACAAAAUGCAAAACUAUUACCGAUAUUGUCGUGUGCAAUAUGAUAGCGUCCAGACGUGCACAUCAAAGCAAUGGCUGUUUAUAUUUUUACGUCAUGUUUGUGAUAAUUAUUGUUAUUUUAUGCGGGUGUAGAACGAGUGUUGGUGAAAAACAAUGCGGCAAAUCAUUGUUACGUUCACAUACCAACAGACAACCGACCGGAAGAAUUUUCGGAGGGUAUGAAGUUGGUUUUUUAAAAUAUCCGUGGUUUGUAGCCCUUCAAUAUGAUGAACAAACACUGUGUGGUGGAGUUUUAAUAGGCCCCAAUGUUAUAUUAACUGCAGCGCACUGUUUUGCUCCAUUUAGCGGCCAUGGUCGGAAACCAGAAGAUGCUUUCACAGUAAAACUCGGAGUGUACAAUCAAUGCAAACGAGAGCAGACACAAUCAGUCUACAAGGCGAUUAAAGUGGAUAUUCACGAGAAAUACAAUGACUACAAACCAUACUACGAUAUUGCUUUGAUGACCAUAUCUGGGGACACAUCAAAUUAUUCUUCUAUAUGCCUACCAUCAAAACCAUUAACAGAUAAAGAACAGGAACUUGAAGGAAAAAUAAUCGGCUUUGGUAGCAUGAUUGACGGUGGUGGUCCGGAUGCAUACCCAUGCGAAAUGAGAGAAGGACGAAUCCUCAUGUAUGACAACGCCACCUGUAUUGCGAUGGUUCGGAAACACACAAGUUUGCGAAAAGAAUAUGCAUUCACGAAUGCUAUCUGCGCGGGAUACAAAACUGGCGGUGUAGAUUCGUGUUCUGGAGACAGUGGAGGACCUUUGAUGACACUUGAUCAAACAACAAACACAUGGACAACUGUAGGUAUAACAUCUUUUGGUUGGGGUUGCGGUGAAAAAGAUGCAAUGGGUGUUUAUACAGAUGUUUCAAAAUAUUUGGAUUGGAUCUUUGAAAAAAGUGGAAUUACACCUUAUCAACCAGAUAGAAUUUCAACAACAGAAAAACCUACAGCUAAUAUUGCUUCUAAUGCGUUAGCGGAUCAAAUAAACAGCUUAUUCGAUCAGCUGAUGAAUAGCACAAAAAUUCCGCAUGAAAUUGUAAUUCGAUUCAAGAGUAAACAACGCGGUUCAUAAACUAAAAUUUAUUUGUUUUGUUUCAUAUCGAUUGUUGUAAAUAUAAUUAAGAUAAUGAUGAUGAUAUAAACACAUUAAAAUAAAUUGAUACUAAUUAAGAUAA